ACUUCACCACAGGCCGGAUCGACAAACAGCAAACAUUCCUCGUCAUCGGCUGUGCUGACAUCUACCGCGAGGAAGAUGGCAGGAUGUAUGAGACUGGCGUUAUUUCUGCUCUUCGCAACGACAACAGCAAAAGCCGAGGCGUGCGACGUCACCCUCCAAGUAAACGGAACAAAAAUGGUUCAGGCGGCUGUCGUAGCAAGCAGCGGAACGUGCACAUGGACAAUCACCAAUGCAAGAACUUACGGUUCGGUGCUCGUAACGUUCGAAGACGUAAACAUGACCCACCACCCGUCAUGUGACGUCGGUAACAGCGUCGUCGUAUAUGAUGGUGAUUCAUCCGGCGACAUCCUCGGUUUGGUUUGUGGCAACUACUCAAGCAGCUUCAGAAGUUCUGGUAGCUUCCUCACCGUGCGCUACUCUGCAGCUGUUGUGACGGACACAAACGCCUUUGCUCUAGGAUAUAUUCAAUCACUUCCGGGCACCUGUUCUGGACCUUCUGUGACAGCCGUCUCAACAACAGAGUAUAACAUCCUGUCAUAUGGGUACCCUGAAGGCUUUAUAAUACCAUUUGAUUGUUAUUGGACUGUGAAAGCGCCGAAAGGCCAACGGGUUCGUGUAUCCAUAGAAACGGCUGGCAACGUCAGCAGCACUUGUGAAGACGUUAAAAUAACAUUUCUUGAUUUGGAAAACACCGGAAUGAGUGUUACAUGGUGUCCAGGGAGAAGCAAUGUCUACCAAAGUUGGACUAACUCAGCUUACCUUAAUCUGGAGAUUUCCAAGCAGCGCAGUGUCCGUCUUAAGUACAGAGCUCUUGAAGGGUCUACAUGCCGAGGUGAUGAUCUUACGGCAGCACCAGAGGAGCAAUUUCUCAUGACUCCGGGCUAUCCAAAUCCCUUUCCAAGUUACCUUGAAUGUCGAUGGACAAUAAACACUCCCAACCCAAGCAGUGGCGCCAUCCGGAUAGAUGUUUUAGAAAUGGAUCUGGAUACGGAAGGAUGUACGACAGAUGUCAUCAGGGUGUAUGACGCCGUACUAUCAACCAGGGAGCUUGUUGGAACUACCUGCGAGGGGCCUAGGUCAUUCUAUGUGUACGGCCAUACAGCAGUGGUUGAGUUUAAAUCAUUGAGAGAAAUUAAUACGAAACAAGGAUUUAAGCUGAAGUAUUACAAUACCACAGCUGAGCCAUGCGGGGGGAGUCUCGUUGCCAACUCUACCAUGCAGAAUGGCACAUCUCCAGGAUACCCUGUCAACUACCCCAACUCCUUCAAAUGUGUCUGGACAAUUUCAACCGAAAACCCGGAGGGACACGUCAAGUUGACGUUUUUAGAAGUAGAGCUGUACAAUGUAUUUUCAUCUAGUGGUGAUUUUGUGCGUGUAUAUGACGGUAACUCAACCUCCGGCUACCUACUGGGGAAAGUGGCAAAAACGAACAAGCCCACCUUCACCAGUCAAGAGGCGUCUCUAACCGUGUUGUUUACAACUGACUACUCUGGGCAGAUAACUCUACUUGACAAACCAGGCUUUGUAUUUGGAUACGAAGAAACGCAGAACACUCCCCCCAUGCAUCGUCUGGUUAAAGCUCCCCCUGCGUCCACUAUUUUGUCGCCAAGAUAUCCAGGAGAAGUGAAAGACAUUAACGCAACGUGGACAGUGCGUUCUAAAUGGGCCAGCAACCAAAUGCUGUUAUCAUUUCUUGAAGUUGAUCUUGGAGACGUCAGCGACUGUAACAACAACUACAUUAUGGUUUAUCAAGGCAGUACAUCAUCCGAUGUGUUUUCGAAGAUCUGUGGUAACGAAACAGGUAAAUUCCUCAACCAAGGCAUGGAACUCUCUGUGGUCUUCAGGACAGACAGCAAUCUGGCUAGAAGAGGGUUUAAGGCUACACAGGACCGGCCAAAAUCCAGAACCGUUGAUGGUUGCUAUGGUGAGACGAAUGAGGUUACAGCUUAUUCAUUCGGCAAAGACGAUCUUGAUUCGCCUUUGUAUCCAAACAAUUACCCAAACAUGAUGAACUGUUCCACCCUAUUGAAGUCUAUCUUUGACGACCACUACAUCCAGCUGGAGGUGACAGACAUGAACAUGCCCCACCCCGAGGAUACGGGCUGCACCAGAGACUAUGUGGAGUUCUUUGAUGGACCAAGUUCUGCUGCCCCAAGUCUGGGACGAGCCUGUGGCCAAACGCUGUUGAAAGUCCAGUCGACUGGUAAUGAAGUGUUGGUCAUGUUUAUCUCAGACUCGAAUGUCGGCGACAAAGGAUAUCGGAUCAAAUAUCAGGCCGAUAGGGAAGAAACUCCACAUUCGGCACCAAUUGGACUCAUACUUGGCAUUACCAUCCCCUGUCUUGUCAUCAUAGGCGCCUAUGUAACAUACCUUGUUUGCAAAAAGAGGAAGGGUAGUGCGGCCAUUUGAACAGUGAUACAAUCACAUCACGGCAUGUAUGCUUGAUGUGGGAGGAAGUCCCGAAGUGAUGCAGUGAAAGAUAUAAGUGAAAGUAGAUGCGACAAAAUCUUUACCAUAAUCAUAAGUCAUAUCCGUUCUUCUAUUCUGACUGUCUGGAGCAUAUGAUCAAUUAGUGAUGAUAUCAGCGGUUCGCGAAGAGAUUAGCGUAUCCUGCACGUAUAUGGUACUUGUCAUAGACACACGCAAAUGUAAACCAAGUGUCCAUAAACAUGGAUGUACAUCGCAAACAACAGUUACUACUUCUGGACGAAGAGGAAUUUUAAGGUUGACGGUGUAGAGACGGACAACGUCAGUUAUCUAUGACGAAAUUGCUUGAGGUAAGGACACAGUCAGUUUAAUAUAAUGAAAUUACUUGAGAUAAGCGAUAAUGUCCGUUAAAGAUAGUGGAUGCACGGCCUAUAGUUGAGAUAAGAUAUAACGUCGGUUAAAAAGAAUCCCGUAUCGCUUACGCUGGAAUGAAUGAAUAAUGUAAUCUACGUAUAAUUACAAUAAUUCAUUUAUGGCGUAAAAUUAUUUUUUUGUCAAGGUUCGGAAAAGUACAAUGUGAGAUUUUAAAAUGGCAUUGACCGAAGUCGAAUAAUAAAGUUUAACUCAAGUUAAGAAACACCUUAUUUUAUGAUCAAUGCUGCAUUGACCGACACACUUUUAACAAAUGAACAGUAACUGUUUAUGAUUUCAAGAUCAAUUUUCCAGUUAAUCGUUAGAAUUGAACACCCAAAGGGUAUCGCCUUUGUUCAACAAUACGGGUAUUAGCAGGAAUAUUGGUUUGGAUCUUUUAUUUUAACAAACUAUAUAUAACAAACUCUCCACAGACCACAUAUAUAUAUAUA